AUGUCUCCCCACCGAGAAACCAGCUCCGAUGAGAGCACCGACGCCACCGUCCACCAGAACGGUACCAACGGCGCCGCCGCUCCUGAACUUGUCGCAGUGCCUACCAACGGCACGGCAGCCACUCCCGAGUCAGCCGCUCCCGAGUCCCUUGCCGUAAAGAAUGGCGUCAAAUCCCCAGCCAAGCCUGUCCAGCGCUCCCCUCACCUAGUCGCCGCCGACCUCGAUGCCGAAUAUGACCUCGUCUGUGUCGGCUUCGGUCCCGCCAGUCUUUCCGUUGCUGUGGCUCUCCACGACUCUCUCGCCGCCGGCAAGAAGCUCCGUCCCGAUGGCUCGGCUCCCAAAGUUCUCUUUUUGGAGAAGCAGACUCGGUUCGCCUGGCACGCUGGUAUGCUUCUUCCCGGAGCCAAGAUGCAGAUUUCUUUCGUCAAGGAUCUCGCGACGCUUCGUGAUCCCCGAUCACACUUUACUUUCCUCAACUACCUUCACCAACACGACCGUUUGGUGGACUUCACCAAUCUCGGCACAUUCCUACCAGCUCGCAUCGAAUAUGAAGACUACAUGAGAUGGUGCUCGGCUCACUUUGAGCACCUCGUUCAGUACGACCACGAGGUUAUCUCGGUGACGCCGGCAGUCAAGAAGGCGGAUGCUGUCAAAUUGUUUACCGUAGAGGCCCGUAACAACGCCAGCGGACAGACUCAGAUCUUCAGAGGACGAAACGUUUUGCUCGCCACGGGUGGCAAGCCAAGCUUCCCUAAGAGCUUCCCUGUCAAGCAUCCUCGUAUCCUGCAUUCCUCGCAGUAUGCUUACAUGGUGCCCAAGAUUCUUACAGACAAAAACGCGGCAUACAAAGUAGUUGUCGUCGGUGCCGGCCAGAGUGCCGCUGAAAUUUUCCACAACAUUCAGAACUUAUACCCCAACUCGAGUACCCAGCUUGUCAUGCGUCAGGAAUUCCUCAAGCCCAGCGAUGACUCGCCUUUUGUCAAUUCCAUUUUCAACCCCGAAUACAUCGACUCGUUGUUCCCCAAGUCGGCCAAGGAUAGAAGCGAGUUCCUUGUGGAUGCUCGAGCCACAAACUACGGUGUGGUCCGUCUAGAACUCAUCGAGGAGCUCUUCGAGCGUAUGUAUUCCCAGAAGCGGGUAUUGGGUCCGGAUGAGCGUACCUGGCCACACAGAAUCAUGGGCUGCCGCCAAAUCAGCAACAUUGAGCCAAACGGGGACCGCCUGGAGGUCAAGAUCCACAGCCUCUCGGAUGGCAUCGUCAACUCUGCGGAUGAAGAGGUGCUAUCCGCUGACCUCAUCAUCGCUGCGACUGGCUAUCAGCGCAAUGCGCACAUCGAUAUGCUCAAGAGCACCUGGGAUAUGCUGCCCAAGGCCGUUCCGGGAACUGCCAUGUUCAACAAGGGCGUGACAGGAUGGAACGUGGACACGGAGCAGGGAGAGCGCAAGCUAGCUGUUGGCCGCGAUUACCGCGUCAAAUACAAGCCCGGCUCGGUAGCUGCGGAUGCUGGCAUUUGGCUGCAAGGAUGCUGUGAGGGAACUCAUGGUCUGAGUGAUACUCUUUUGUCGGUCCUUGCUACAAGGUCCGGAGAGAUUGUUCAGUCCAUUUUUGGACCCGAGCAGUGA